ACGCCGCGCGCAGACCAGCUCCGGCUGCGCGCCGCGCCGCUCUCCUCCGAGAGUGGCAGCAGUAGCCGCGGCGGCCGCAGGGGUUCCCGGCUGCCGCAGCUCCUCGGGGGAGCCCAGCACCCCCAACCUGCUCGCCGCGCGCAGCUGAGCCGCCGCGCGGGACUCGCCGGCCAACAUGGAUUUCCUCCUGGCGCUGGUGCUCGGGUCCUCGCUCUACCUGCAGGCGGCCGCGGAGUUCGACGGGAGGUGGCCCAGGCAAAUAGUGUCAUCCAUUGGCCUGUGUCGUUAUGGUGGGAGGAUUGACUGCUGCUGGGCCUGGGCCCGCCGGUCCUGGGGACAGUGUCAGCCUUUCUACGUCUUAAGGCAGAGAAUAGCCAGGAUAAGGUGCCAGCUCAAAGCUGUGUGCCAGCCACAGUGCAAACACGGUGAAUGCAUCGGACCAAACAAGUGCAAGUGUCAUCCUGGAUAUGCCGGCAAAACCUGCAAUCAAGAUCUAAACGAGUGUGGCCUGAAGCCGCGGCCCUGCAAGCAUAGGUGCAUGAACACUUACGGCAGCUACAAGUGCUACUGUCUCAACGGAUACAUGCUUAUGCCGGAUGGAUCCUGCUCAAUCACUGUCUUUCCAGGUGCCCUGACGUGCUCCAUGGCAAACUGUCAGUAUGGCUGUGAUGUAGUCAAAGGACAAAUUCUGUGCCAGUGCCCCUCUCCCGGCCUACGGCUCGCUCCUGAUGGGAGGACCUGUGUGGACAUUGAUGAAUGUGCUACUGGAAGAGCCUCCUGCCCUAGAUACCGGCAGUGUGUCAACACUUUUGGGAGUUACAUCUGCAAAUGCCAUAAAGGCUUCGACCUCAUGUACAUUGGAGGCAAAUACCAAUGUCACGAUAUAGAUGAAUGCUCCCUUGGUCAGUAUCAAUGCAGCAGCUUUGCUCGAUGUUACAACGUACACGGGUCCUACAAGUGUAAAUGUAAAGACGGAUACCAGGGCGAUGGACUGAAUUGUGUUUAUAUUCCAAAAGUCAUGAUUGAACCUUCAAGUCCAGUUCAUGUACCAAAGGAAAAUGGUACCAUUUCAACGGGCGAUGGAGGACACAGUAAUUGGAUCCCUGAUGUCAGAAGCACUAGGUGGCCUCUGAAGACACCUUAUGUACCUGCUGUCAUUACCAGCAGGCCCACCUCUGAGCCAACAGCAAGACCUACCCUGAAGCCAGCGCCACAGCCUGCCCCGCCCGCAGAACUCAGAACACCUCCGCCAGCAGCAGCCCCAGGAGGACCAACCACCAGACUGACAAGUGUAGCACCAGUUGCCACUGUGUCUCCAAGAAGGAUUACAGUUGACAACAGGAUACAGACAGAGCCUCAGAAACCCCGAGGAGAUGUGUUCAUUCCACGGCAGCCUUCAAAUGACUUGUUUGAAAGAUUUGAAAUUGAAAGAGGAGUCAGUGCAGAUGAUGAAGCAAAGGAUGAUCCAGGUGUCCUGAUACACAGUUGUAAUUUUGACCAUGGGCUUUGUGGAUGGAUCCGAGAAAAAGACAGUGACUUGCACUGGGAACCGGUGAGGGAUCCAGCAGGUUUUUACCAACAACUUGGAUGAACCGGAUAUUGAAGGCAUACUAACCAAUCUGUGGAUAACGUAAAGCCAGAGGAGAAAGCGACUGUGUGUGCCGACACAAACAGCAUCCAAAGAUGAGAUCAAUGGGUCACACUUAAGAGGAUGAAAUCUACUGGGGAUGAAUACAUGGUGUAGCUCAUGGUCGAGAAACCACCUACACAGCUGUAGGAGGCGGAAGAUGUGACUUAGCAGAAAGUGUGAAAGACUUUUAGCGUUUUUGUGGGUAAUAAAUCAAUAUGAGUGAACCCUGUAUCAAUGCUGUCCCAAAGCUGGGUCAUCUCCAUAGAAAUAGGUAUUUUUUCCAGCAUGGAAAACACACUUUGGUAGGUUCUUACCAGUCUGAGAAGUACACAGGUAAUUGUAGGUCACUCACUCAAAGGAGAAUGACCUGGGUGGAGAGGUGUCUCAGAGCCUGUAGAAAAACAGGUGAGGAACCCAGAAUGUUUAGCCUGGAGAAGAAAUAAUGGAGCAGGGCAGCUUUUCAAAUACAAGACCGACAACAUCUAUCUCAGUUGUUCCGUGAUCACAAGGGGAUAAGAAGUCGGAUCAGUAGGUGAGAACUACAGGGGGAUUGAUUUUUUGCUCACUCAGAACUUUACCAUAGUCAGAGCUGUCUAAAGAGAAAUCAGGCGGCCACGGAAGCAGGGAGCUCUCUGUUGGUGGAGAUGUUUGACUGGGUGACAUAUGACAAGAUAUUGUUUUGAGAAUGAGACAAAGGGUGGAUUAGAAAGCCUCUUAUACGGGCUCUGGGAGCCUCUGACUCGGAAUGGAAUGUCCCAGGAGCUCAGUGAGCAGGGUUCUGGCUUGGGGAACGGAUGGGAAGACCAAAGAUGGCAGAGAUUUAGUUACAAGAGGUAGGAGGGCAUAGCUUAUGUCAGGGUGGAAUCGUAGGCGGGCUUUUUAGAAUAUGUUGGGGAGUUCUAACCAUGUACAGAUUCUGACAUAUUCAGAUGGAGAAUGCUAAUGAAGCUUACUUUCCGUGCCUGUUUUUCUUCUAGGCAGUUCAGGUGGGUUAUGUAUGUAUCACAUGCUAAGGCCAGAGAAGACUAUAAGCCAUUUAAUGAGUUAUUUUUGUGUAUCAUUCUACCACACUAAUUGUUUGCUUGUUUCUAUCUAGAUUACACCAUUUGUAAAGGAACAUAUGUUUGGAUUUCCACAUCUGAUUUGUAUGUUGUGCAUUUCUUAUAAGAUCCAGAUUUGCAAAUAUUCUUAUAUGCUAAUAUCUCUAAAAAACCCUCCCUUAAACAAACUAAUAACUUUGAGAAACAGCUGCAAAAUAAGUGCAUUUUUUAGUCACCUCCCUGGUGCUCAUUAGGUUUUGUUAUCACAUUCAGUCUUAAACUUAACUGCGAGAUAGUGAAAUUAAUCCAUCCUCUAGGGAAUGGAAAAUUGUGCUCCUGACAGAUGUGAUAAUGUGCUACAGACUUACAGCUGUGGCCCUGAGCACACGCCCUUCUCCUGUAGUGUCAAGGCUAAACUUGGGGCCCUUUUCCUGGAACCCUAAUCUCAACCGACUCAGCACUCUGUCUGCUACUGGUAGCUACAAGGAAUUCGUUUAAAUAUAAAAUAUGCCAGCGUGUACGUACAACUAUGUCUAUUGCAGCGUUAAGAAACAUUAUUUUGAAAUACAUGAAAAUGGAAAAAUAAAUCAACGGUGACAAUAAAAGCUCCCUCCCAACUCUGGCUCCCAGUCCAUCCUCCCCAGAUGCAGCCAGUUUCUUGGUUACCUUUCCAGAGAGCUAUUUUUCCUCACAACAGCCCUCUCUUCUGUACCUUGCUUCUUCCACUUAACAAUAUUAUCUUAAGAGUUAACCUGAGUGUGGACCUGCUAUAUAACACAGGGAGCUCAGCUCGGUGCUCUGUGACGACCUACAUGUGGGAUGGGGGGUGGGGUAGGAGGGAGGUCCAAGAGGGAGGGGAUAUAGGUAUACAUAUAGCUGAAUCACUACACUGUACAGCAGAAACUAACACAACAUUGUAAAGCAAUUUUACUCCAAAGGAAAAAAGAAAAAAAAAAAAAGUGAGUUGACUUUGAAGCCAGAAUGCGUGGGCUGAAACCCACCAUCGCCACUUACGAGCUUGGAUCUUGAGCAAGUUAUUUAAAUAGGGUCAUCAGUAGUGUCUAGUAAACAUAUGUAAAGCAUUUAAAGCAGUCCCUGUCCUAGAGUUACCAUUCAAAUAGUAUUAGCCAUUGUUGUCGAAGAUAGAUUGUUCUGUAUCGGUGCAUACAUAACACCUUCAUUCUUAAGUGAAUGGCGGUUACUCCAUCACUUCUUAAACGUAUUUAACCAGACAUCCAUUGAGGGACGUUUCAGUUGUUUCCAGCCUUUUGGUAGUUCAGACAACGCUGCAGUUAGUAACCCUGUCCAGAUAUCAUUUCAUAUAUGUUUGAAAUUAAAAUUUUAUCACCUGUAUAUCUGGCAAGUGUUACAGCAUCUAUUAUUUACCAAAAAACAACUUUAGAUAUUGUGAUGCUUUAAACUGAAUCCAUGAAAAUAUUUAAUGUAAUUUUUUAUUUAAACCAGUAUUUUGGAAUCAGAAGUGAAAUUUUUAUUUAAUAGGUAAUUUGGAGUGCUAGAUCAGUUUUUCCCUUAGCAGCUGUUCCAACUUUGUAAUACUUCCAUUUAUUAAAAAGGGCAAGAAUUCUUCAUGGUAAAAAGAAAAAAAAUCCUAGUGGCCACAGAGUAUCCCUGUAGGGGAAGAGCAAUAGUAACCUCAUUUAUAGAGUUUUAAAUAUCUAUAUAAAAUGAUUAUUUGACUCUUUUAUUAGGAUGUCUUGGUUUUUGUUAGGUUGUCUUGCUGCAGGCAGCGUCUGGCAUAGUGAUAUUAGUAUACAUUCCACAGGGAUUUAAGAUAAUCCUUGUUUUCUUAAAACUUGCAGGUUAACUGUAAUAACCUUAUAUCUUAGUCUUAACCAAAAUACCUGUGAUGAUUCAAAAAGCUGACUAACGGGGAGACAUUCUAAAUCCAUCUAAAUAUUCUGGCUGAAAAUAUUGUUUGGAUUAAUUUGGGGAAGACAGGGGUGGAAGGAGUACAAGAAACUGUGUUUGUUUUUGGUGAGUCAAGUACCCGACUCAAGGAUCUAGUUCUCUGUUGUUUUCUGCUGUAUCCUUGGAACGUCAUUUAUUCAACAAAUGGCAUUAAACUCCUACCACACUCUAGGAGUGUAAUGGGGUUCGGAGGGAGAUUGGCUCUGACAUCAAAGAGUUCACAGUCUCUUUGACUGUAAGAGACCCUCUUUGACUGGGGGAGAGAAACGUGUAAACCAGUGAUUCCUGUGCUGAAUAGGGGUUCAGGCAGUUCUGAACUCAUACUGUUACUCUGCUGCCUACUGGCUGGGUGACACCUUGGGUGACUUCACCUCUCAAAGCCUUAGGCUUGUUUUGCAGAUGCAGAAGCUAAUAAGUGUUCACUUCAAGGGCUUGUUAGCAAGGUUACAUGAGAUGCUCCCCGGAGAGCCCUCAUACAGAACCUGGCCCUCACAGGUACACACAACUCACCUAUUUGGGCCUUUAAAGAGGAGACUGGGUAGAUAGAGGAAAGCCACUUGAAGAAUAGGACAUCCCAAACCUUGUCAUGUCUUGUACAGAUUAAGCAUAAGGAAUGCUUUUCGAUGAAAGAUAAGUGGGGUUUCUACCAAAGCAGUUACAGGUGUUCAGCAUUCCAAUCACAUUUUUCCUAUGGAUAAGUCAGUGUUGAGACUACAGUGUGUUUUUCAGGUGGCUGCAAUAAAACAGCCUGAGGGGAAUGUCACUUGUACCUGGACUGAGUUUCAAACUACUACUUGCAACUUUCCGUCUCUUGAGAAGCACUGUCCCCCACGUCACUGCUGCUCAAACAUUUUUUCCCCCCUUAACUGCAAUUCCUCUAACAAUAGAGGGAAGCAAAUUCUGGAGCCCUAGGGAUCCAAGGACAUCAUCAAAGCGACCUUUCCAAAGGGAAAGAUUUUACUAACAUUUUGUGUUCAUGUAUGUGUAAUGGAAAAUUUCUAUGGUAAUUAUAUUGUUAUGGAUUUGUAUUUAUAUAAAAAUCUUUUAAACUGCUUACCUCCAAAUAUUAUUGAUGCUCCAGGAAGAUGUGGCAGGUUUCUAGAACACUUCUGCAUCUUCUUGAGGUCAGGUAUGAGAAGCACAGCCAACUCGUUUUUAAAGGAUCCUUCUCCCUUUAGAGCAGCGGUCCCCAACCUUUUUGGCACCAGGAACCGGUUUCUCGGAAGACAGUUUUUCCACGGACCGGGGAAGGGGGGAUGGUUAUGGGAUGAUUCAAGCACAUUACAUUUAUUGUGCCCUUUAUUUCUAUUAUUAUUACUUUGUAAUACAUAAGAAAUAAUUAUACAGCUCACCAUAAUGCUGACAAGAGGCGGAGCUCAGGCGGUAAUGCGAGCGAUGGGGAGCGGCUGCAAAUACAGAUGAAGCUUCGCUCGCUUGCCCGACGCUCACCUCCUGCUGUGCGGCCCGGUUCCUAACAGGCCACGGACCGGUACUGGUCUGUGGCCGGGGGGUUGGGGACCCGUGCUUUAGAGAUUUUUUUUUUUUUUUUUUUUUAAAGAGGGGAGAGAGGAGAUAAUAAACAGAUCUAGUGCCCCUUUAAAUCACCAUCUGCUUUACUGCCAGGAGACAGAAAAUCCACCUAGAAAAUUCUCCCUGGUAACUUCACCACCAUACCAGCCAGCCAGCAUGACAGUAUAAUUCUAGGUGCAAGAAGAUCAAGAGGUGGUGAAUGUGUGAAUGCCUGUGUAUGUCUGAUCAUAUUUAACUGGAAAUAUUUAUAGCAUUAGGAUGACUAAUUAUUGCCUGUCCCUGGCAUAAUCUGUACUCCUCAUGAGCAAAGUGUUUUCUGUAAAUACAAAACCAUAGCAUUUAAGACAGCCAUGGACCUAAGUCCUAUUUUUCUCCUUCGAAAAUCUGGAAUUCUUUCCUGAUGACUGGCACCGUCUGAAGUUCACUAAAACAAGAGGAGCGAAAUGCCUGUCCUCGCCGUCGCGCCAGCAGGGACGCGGGCGCGCGCAUACACGGCCCUGCUCUUCCCCUGCAGGUGGACAGUAUCUGACAGUCUCGGCAGCCAAAGGCCCGGCGGGAAAGGCCGCUCGCCUGCGGCUCCCCCUUGGCCACCUCCUGCACUCAGGGGACCUGUGCC